AGCCUUUAGCAAGGCUGGAGAGUUUAGGUUGCUGUUAAGGCUGGAGGAGGCAGUGGCUGAAGUAUGCUAGCAGGGCUUUUCUUCUUUCGGGGUGCGGGGCAAUGGAUUGUUUUGUUGUUGUUUUUUAACAGUUCAUAUAUGUUGACAGAUUAGGUGGCUGUGUGGAAAUCCUUCCUCAAGGAGCCAGUGGGAAGCUGGCUGCUGAUUGGAGCGGGCAAAAUCACGUGCCCCGGAGUCACGUGGUCAGGGAGGAAAAAGGGGGUCCUUUUUGGUGUAAAUCUGGACUCUAAUUCCGUAAUAUAUCACGGUACCUCGUAAAACCGACACUAAAACGUCCCGGCCUACAAAUCACCCGGCCAAAUUAUGAGUUCAUUGUAUUAUGCGAAUGCUUUAUUUUCUAAAUAUCAAGCCGCAAGUUCGGUUUUCCCAUCCGGCGUCUUUCCUGAGCAAACUUCUUGCGCGUUUGCCUCCAAUACCCAACGAACGGGGUAUGGAUCUGGAUCCAGCGCCUCUUUCGCUGCUUCCAUGCCCGGGCUGUACGCCAAUGGGAGUAGCAUGCACCCCCAAACCUCUAGCAUGUAUUCCACCAGCUACGGCCUGGAAGCCAGUUCUUUCAACAUGCACUGUUCUCCGUUUGAGCAAAACCUCUCGAUGAUGUGCCCGGGAGAUGCCUCCAAGCAGACGUGCAGCAAAACGGAUCAGAGGGACUCAGACUUGCAAAGCGAAAGCAACUUCCGGAUCUAUCCCUGGAUGAGGAGUACAGGGACUGACAGAAAAAGAGGACGUCAGACCUACACCAGGUACCAAACCCUGGAACUGGAGAAAGAAUUCCACUAUAACCGUUAUUUGACCAGAAGAAGACGCAUCGAAAUUGCUCAUGCUUUGUGCCUGACAGAGAGGCAGAUCAAAAUCUGGUUCCAGAACAGACGCAUGAAGUGGAAAAAGGAAAACAAAACGGCAUGCACCGGUUCAAAUAGCCAGGAGAAACCAGACGCUGAAGAUGAUGAAGAAGAAUGAAAUGGAUGGGGUUUGGGUGAAGGGGACUUUAGUCCAGAAAGCGAAUCCAGGAAACGUGAAACCUAAACAUACAGGACUAUAUAUAUAUAUAUUAAAAAAAUGAAAUCAAAAUAAAAAACAAGCCUGAGAAUGAUGCAUUCUGUUUCCUGAUACUGAAAAAAAUACUACCUAUAUUACAGUCUUUGGGUUUUUUUUGUACAAUAGAAUGGAUAAUAAUAUCUACCUAUUAAAUGUGGCUUUAGAGUCAGAUAGAUACAUUUUUCUAUGUGGGUCUUCAUAUAGUACAAGUAUUUGUAAAUCUCCCUGUUUGUAUUUCCUUGUGUACUUUUUUGGUAUGAAGUAAUGUGGUCGUGUUAGCACCUUUCAUUAGAAAAAUGUGAUCUGAAAGUAUGAGGGGAAAUUAUACAUAACGUAUAUAAUACUCUGUACAUAAUAUGAAUGAUCAUUACCGCUUGUUCUGUUGUAACCUCUGUGGUUCUUUUCUGGUUGCGAUGCUGUUUUGUCUGUGUAUAUUUUUACCUGGACCACUUCCUUGUUCAAGUCAUUAGGAAAAAAAAUGAAUUAAUAUUGUGCUGAGUAAAGCGGUGUAUAUCAAGGUAGAAGAUUAUUUAAUAGCGGCGCGUUUCUUUUUCCUGGUUUGUGAUUAUUAUUCUUCAAAAUAAUAAUAAUAAAAACA